AUGUCUUCAACGCCACCAUCAUCCGCUGCGCCUGCGUCUCCUCGCACUGGCGAGGUGACGUUUGAUCUCUCACACGAAUCCGCGUCCCCUCGCGCUGGCAAGGUUUCGGCCACUAAGGCCACUAUCUCCGCCGAGUCCGCCUCAGCUCACUCCGGCAAGGCUUCGACUCCUCGCUCCAGCCGCGUCGCUCAUUAUCGCCGCCCUUCUGUGUCGUUGGCUUGUGUUUAUUGCACUCGUUGCGCUCAAUAUCUCCUUAAUAGUAAUGCUGUUCCUUAUAACAAGAUAGCAAUAUAUAAGUGCCGCCGCUAUCAGCUGGGCCAGAAGCAUUGCCUACCUAUUCCCUCAACUUGUGUGCCUCGGAUCAAUUCCUUGCUCAAGGACGUAGCAAAGGCAUCUCCUAAUGACACUACAGCCCAGGAGGCGCUUCGUGCGCGGCUCACCAGCCUGGUUGCCGAUAUUCAACAAACGAACCGUGUCUCCAAGCAUGCCUCCGGCAUAAGCACUCCUGUCAGCCGCGCCUCCAAGGCGUCGGUGCUCCUCCUGCAAGAGAUACAGGCUUUACAUGCAACCUGCAGUCGCUUCUUUGAUCGAUUUCUCAGAUUAUAUUGCAAGGCUCACCAGCUUGACCCUAUCAAGAAUUCAUCUGAUAGCGAAGGGGCCAUAGAAGGCGUUGUGGGAUAUUAAGCAGAUUGCAAUGAUUCUGGCAUCUGGCCAUUGAUACCCUAUAGCAAUAGCAUAGAUAGCAAUACAGC